AUGCCUUUUUUCCAACCGCAGCGGCAGCAGAAACGGAGACGCAAAAUCGGGGCCUACUACACUCCAACGAGCCUGGGCCUCGAGGACCUGUUGCGUGGAUACCCGGCCGAGCACACAGACACCUCCUGCACCCCGGACCCAUCCACAGCUCUGACUCAUAUGCCGGCAAUGGGACGCAGAUCACAAAGGCCACAAG